AUGGCCGAGGAAAUUGUAGACAAAGUCCGGGACGUCGUAGAAGGGCAGAUUGACUUCGACGGACAGAGACGUGCCGAAGGGGUUGCCACCUUGCUUCUGGCUUUAUCUGCAUUACUGGCAUUCAAUAUCGGGUACCUGUACCAGGACAUUCAGAAGGCUAUGUACACUGGGUUAGGAGGAACUGCCUUGACCUUUAUUCUUGUUGUCCCUCCGUGGCCUUUCUACAACAAAAAUCCUGUGAAGUGGUUGCCUGCUGGCACUGGUUGGCAGUAA